UCUUCUCGUCGUCUCCGUUCGCCAGAUCUGAUACCUCCUCUCCGGCGGCCGUCGCGAUCAUGGUUGGGCCUGGGCACCGCAACAUUCAUGGAAAGCGGCACUCGGAUUAUGCUGAAAAUGGGGGUGGCAAAAGAAGAAAUCCUGGUGAUGAUACCUAUGCUCCUGGUCCAGAUGAUACUGUCUAUCGCUACCUCUGCGUGUCUAGGAAAAUUGGGAGUAUAAUUGGGAGGGGUGGUGAAAUUGCCAAGCAGUUGAGGAAUGAAACUCAAGCUAAGAUUAGGAUUGGUGAGAGUGUCCCUGGCUGCGAAGAGCGAGUCAUAACAAUAUUUAGCCCAAGCGGGGAGACUAAUACCAUCGAAGAUACUGAAGAUAAGGUUUGCCCUGCUCAAGAUGCUCUCUUCAGGGUUCAUGAGAAGCUGGCCACUGAUGAUGGUCCUGUGAACGAGGAAAAUGAAGAAGGUUUAGGUCAAGUUACAGUUCGCUUGCUUGUGCCAACUGAUCAGAUUGGAUGCAUUAUUGGAAAAGGUGGGCAUAUCAUCCAGGGAAUCCGCAGUGACACUGGUUCAAAAAUACGUGUGCUUAGUAAAGAACAUCUCCCCGCAUGUGCUAUUAGUGGUGAUGAGCUUCUCCAGAUAUCUGGGGAUACAAUGGUAGUCAGAAAAGCUCUUCUCCAAGUCUCAUCUCGCCUCCAUGACAACCCAUCUAGGUCACAGCAGCAUCUUGCAUCCAGCUUGACCCAGCCCUUUCCAGUGGGCUCCCGCCUUGGUAGUUCCUCUAAUGCACCAGUUGUUGGGAUUACUUCUAUGGUUAGUCCUUAUGGAGGAUACAAAGGCGAUAUGGUGGGAGAUUGGCCUUCUAUAUACCAACCACGGAGGGAGGAGAGCUCUGCAAAAGAGUUCAGCUUGCGUUUGCUUUGUGCCCCAGCAAAUGUUGGAGGUGUAAUUGGAAAAGGAGGUGGAAUUAUCAAACAGCUUAGGCAGGAGUCUGGAGCUUCUAUCCAAGUCAAUAGUUCAGGUGCCGAAGAUGACUGCAUCAUUACAGUUUCGGCAAAAGAGUUCUUUGAAGAUCCUGUCUCUCCAACAAUUGAUGCUGCAGUUCGCUUACAACCAAAAUGCAGUGAGAAAAUUGAUGCAGAAUCAGGGGAGCCAUCAUACACAACACGUUUGUUGGUGUCGACAUCACGGAUAGGGUGCCUGAUCGGCAAAGGUGGUUCAAUCAUUACAGAGAUACGAAGAUCAUCAAGCGCAAACAUACGUAUCUUUUCAAAGGAGAAUGUUCCAAAAGUAGCAUCUGAAGAUGAAGAGAUGGUCCAGAUAAGUGGUGACCUUGAUGUCGCAAGACAUGCUCUUGUGCAAAUAACUACAAGGCUGAAAGCCAACUUCUUUGAAAGAGAGGGUGCUUUAUCAGGUUUUCCACCUGUGAUCCCGUAUCAUCCUUUGCCUGCUAGUGUUUCUGAUGAGCCUAGGUAUUUAGGCAGAGACAAUAGGCCUGUCGGGCAUGACUAUCUAUAUUCUAGUGGGUAUCAUGCAUCAGACGAUAUGCCUCCUCUUGACCGUUACGCAAAUUAUGGAAGCUCCCAGGUUUCUGGAGGCGGCUAUGGUGCUUACAGUGGAUACAGUGGCCGUUCUGGCAGCAGCGGGUUAUCUGGUUCUACCUAUCUUUCAUCUGGAAAGCGCUAUGGUUAUUGAAGUGCAGGUUGUCGAAUACAACAGCUCAGCUCUCUUCUGAUGAACCAGUCCGCUUCACCUUUCCCCCCUGCCCAAUCCCUUAAUGAAAACAGCCAAGACAAAUGAAGUUUGGAGCCUUCUUAUUGGAGCCCCUACCCAAACCAGAUGACAUAGAGUAUGGCCCAACCUGGAAGCUUUGCUUAAGAGGACCUGUCUGGAUGCCAUAAUCCAUCUUAUCUUCCCAGUAGAAUACUUUUGUAUUUUCCUAUGGGCUUGUGUGAGGCCCUGCCGUAAAUGUUCUGAACCUAUGUAUUGAAAGUCACAUAUGAGACUGUAUUUCUUGUCUGUCUUGAAACCUGCUUAGUAGUUUGUGUGAGAGACUUCUCCUAUUUGCCAUCCAAAAAUCAGAAGAUGCUACUGGCCCUUGCUUGAAAA